CAUGUACCUGCCCAACCACAGAGUGACUUCUACGACCGAUGUGUUUUGACUGAGCGUGUUGGUUUGGUUGAACGUUUACACAUUUUCUGCCAGUCAUAAAUGCUAUUUUAUACAUGAAGGAACUAUAUUUAAACCAGAGAGAUUUAAAGUCGUCUUUUCAUGAAGAAAUCAAUGAAAAACACAUUGAUUUCACCUCCAAUUCACGUGCAUGUCAGUGAUUCAACCCCUGUCCAUGUGCAUGUCAGAAAACAGAGGUCAAGUACACCCACUAAACGUCAGGUCAAAGAAGAUGGACCAGCCUCGUGUCACACAGGCAAGGCUCAAACCCAUUUACAGUGGACUCCACCAUGCAAGACCACCCUACGUAAUGGGUCAUACAAGUGGGAGGGUCCAAGGCACCAGCUUGAGAUUGUUCCCCCGCUAGCUGAGUCGUACACACAACAUUCCCAAGGUGCAUUGCAAUUGGCGGACCUUGCAGAACAAGACGAGGGGCUCCAUAAUCGAAUUACUGAUUAUGAAAAGAAGAUUGACAACUUAAUGACUGGGGUCAGCUCUCUGAAAAAUGAGGUGGAGCUGCGUAAAAAGGUCAAGUUUCUGGAGCAACAGUCAGAGCAGCUAGAUGUUUCCAAGCGUGUGAUUUUUGAACAGGAAGAAGAACUGAGUGAGGUGACAAAGGAGCUGAAGGAGACAGAGCGGGAAAACAUACGACUGCGUCAAACUGUGGAAAAGAUGCUGCAGGAGUCAGAGUACACUGGAGCAGAGGGGGACAUGCGUCCAAAGGCUGAUGCUCUGCUUAGAAAACUGAUGGAAGCAGAAGAGCAUGGAAUAGCUGCUGUUCAUGCAGUUAAAGCCCUGCGGGAGUCCAUUUCUAAAUGGCCUAGUAGUUUUGGAAGUUUAAAGAGGUUCUCUGGGUCAGAAUCAUCGCUUCUGGGACAUCAUCAUGACCUGUUGUUGCAAAAGCUGGAGACGUUUGAGGCCACCAAUAAAAGUCUGCGGAAUCUUCUUCGGGACAAUGAAGGACCACAGAUGGAACUGGUGCGCCUGUCAGAGCGGAAGGACUCAUUACUGAAAAGACUUGCGGAAACGGAGGCAGAGAACGCUCAACUUGUGGUCAAACUCCAAGAGAAAGAAAAUGAAAUGAGCCAUCUUUGCAAACGUUUACAAACCGAGAAGGAAAAUGCCAGAAGUACAGCUCAUAUGUCUAAGAGUCUGGAGCAAACCAGAGCCCAUUUACAGGGACAGCUACGCAACAAAGAGGCUGAAAACAACCGACUCACAGUACAGAUAAAGAACCUAGAGCGAGCGGCUAGUCGGCAGAAAGCAGAGAUGGAUGGUCUGCUGCAGCAGCAAACUAGAUUAAAGCAGAAGGUCAGUGCAGACAAAAACACCCUGAAACAGGCCACAAGGCUCCAAAAGCAGCGAGCAGAGCGUAAUGAGGACACAUCUGGUCAGCUGAGCGUCCAGCUUCUAGAUUUGGAAAAGCAAGUGGAGGAGGCACUCUCUGCUGCUGAGAUGUGGCAGAGCCGUCAUGUCGCAGAAAUUGAAGACAAGAAGAAACUGGAGAUGGAGCUGUCCAUGUUGAACAGGCGUGUUAAGGAGUUGAAUGAGCAGUUGAACGAAGGGGAUAAAGGAAGACCAAACAGAGAUUUGCUAAAUCAGCUGCAGGAACUAACCUCCCGCAGUGCUGCUGCCAAGCUAGAGAACCAGUCACUUAAGGCUACAGCCUCUGCAGUGGAGAAGAAACUGGCCUUGUCUCAGUCUGAGCUCCAGCAGGUCAAAGAGUCAAUCAAACAAUAUGAAAGUUUGGUGGACAGUUAUAAAAUCCAGGUGGACAAUACCAGAGCCGAGGCAGAUGAAUACCGGGCCAAACUGGCUCAGGCGGAGACGGAUGCCCAAGCAGUGCGCAGAGAGGUGGAGCAGGAAGUGGAGCAAGUGCGCAGGGAACUGCUGACAAGAGUGACGGAGCUGGAGUCACUCCCAGACACUUUGCGAUAUUCUGAGCAACGCCUGCAGGAUGCUCAGGACAAAAUGCGCAGCCAGGAAAGACGCAGUUUGGAGCUGAGUAGCACCCUGACUGAGCUGAGGCUGAAGGUUGAGUCUCAGGGCAGCCAAAUGGAGCUUCUCAAGCAUAAAAACAAGGUUCUAAUGUCUGAUAAUAAAGAGCUGCAGCAGAAAGCUGAGAGUCUGGAGAGACAGCUGGAAGAGAUGGUCACUCAGAACAGCGAUCUUACGUCUGUCAUCUCUAAGCGGGAGGAGAUCAUCCAAAACAAUCAGUCUCGUCUUCAAGAUAAAACAAGAGAAUGUUCUCUGCUGAGCAAAAGGCUGGAUGAGGCUCUGGCUGAUGCACAUCAGCAGAUGUCUCAAACCAGGGAGCGUGCUGCCAUCAAAGAAAGCACUGCCCAGGCCAAAAUUUUGGACUUGGAGACCCAGCUCAGCAGAACUACAUCUGAGAUCAACCAAAUGCAACGCUACAAAGACGAGGUGGAGAGGCGGUACAAAAGCAGACUUCUGGACCUCAAGGAUCGCUUGCAGCAGUCGGACAGAACCAACAAAAGCCUGCAGAACUACGUCCAGUUUCUGAAGUCUUCUUAUGCUGUGAUGGAAGACACUGCUCAAAGAAGUGCUUUCAGAAGCCCUUCGCCCAUUUAGGUGCCUUAAUAGGUUCUUGGAAUGGGAGGUUUGGCGUCUGCGGUGAAGCGGUUUUGUCCUUGACGUUCAAAACUUGAUAUAUUUGGUGCUAGAUAAUUCUGAUGCCGGUUUUUCCUCUGUAUUUUUCAUUGUUUUUGUUUUAAGGUUGGUUGUUUAACUGGUGAAAUGUUUUUUUAAACAAAGGUGAAUUGGCUUUAAACGUCAUUUUUAAUGUAGCAGUGUAAAGAUGUGUUGUUGCUUUUAGCAAAGUCACUUGUCUCUUCUCGUCUACGAAAGAUGGUUUGAUGACUGCUGCUCCUUGGCUGGUACAUAUACAGCAUAUAUAUAUUUUUUCCAUCUGAAA